AUGUUGCUAUCCUGGCUCCUCCUCCUCGCAGCCCUUCUCCUUCCAACGUCCGCCUGGCCUUUCAUCCCAUCCUCCACGCCCACCAGCACCACCCGCACCCUCCAGCGCCGCCAAUGCACCCACCGCCCCAACUCAGACCAAUACGACUGUGACUUCACUCUUCCCACUCUGACCCAAAUCAUCGAACACCUCCGCGACAAGGCUCAUGGCGGCAUGGCCGACGCCGACCACUCUGCCCUCUUCUACACCAACCUCGCGUACCCCAACACCGCCGUCACCAACAAGGAACUCGGCUGGAUCCACGCGUACAACAUCGCGCAGGGCAUCCAGGACAAGGUCUAUUGGCUGCAGAGCAAUGUCGACUUUCCUUGGUUCAAAGCCCAAAAAGAAUGGAUCGAAUCCCACCCCACCGAAUUCAACGCCCGCUACGGCACCGACCCCGAGCCAGUCGAUAUCUUUUGGAUGUGUUACUACCAGGCCCUCGCGCUUGCCGCCGUGCACCCGGAUGCGUAUGUUUACACGCCCAAGGGUGUUGACUGGAAGAAGACUUCGAUAUGGGCGAAUGUCGAGUUCCCGAGCUUGACGGCGAAUGAGAAUGUGAAGAGGAUCUAUCGGGUUGAUCCACGGCCGAACGAUGAGGAUGCGUGUGGUGCGGAGGAGGAGUUGGUUUGGGAUCGUGGGAGGGGGAAUGGGGUGAGGAAGGUGAGAUGGACUUGUCCUAUUACUUAG